AUGUAUUGGAAAAAUAAAUCUUCCUCACAACAUGUUAAAUCAAUUAAUGCUACUUUCAACGAACCUAUAGUACUUGAUUCUAUUAAUCAAAAUCGACCUACAGUUAAUAGUUCAUCAAAUAAGACCCUUGACAGUAGUGCUAGUAAUGAUAAUUCUAUAUUAUUAUCACUAAAUGCACAAUUAAGAAUAGAAACUGUCGAUCUAUGCCUUAAUAUAACAAGACAAUUUCUCCAUCUUGUCCAGAAAGGAUACACAAAGAUAGAGGCAAGUAGUCUUCUGGCUAUGAGUUUAGGUAAAGGCCCAUGGCAUGCAUGGUGUAUUCAUGCCUAG